CGUAUACCUUCAGAUCAGAUGUACCGACCUACUCUAUAUUAAACAACGUUUGUUGAGUGUAAUUACAAUAACGAAUCUUCAAUAAGUACCUACCAUGAGGUCGAUUUUAGUAUUUUUGUUUUUAAUUGGUGCUACUUCUCAAGUAAGUUAUCAAUGAUAUAAGAAAUACAAACAAUUUUUUAUUUUUAUUUAUAUAUAUAGUACUUCAGUAAUUAUUCAGUUGUACGAUCUUUCAUUUAAAAUACAGUUAGGUUCCUACUGAUGAUUGAGUGAAAUAUAAUAAUAAAAUCUUAAAUAUCAUUUAAUUUUCGAAAUAGAUAGUUAAGUCACAGGAUUUUCUACCGCAACCAUCAUUACCACAGCAAGUACCGGGAACUUCGGAUUUGAUUUAUGGAUAUGUAGGUUCGGCUGAAGAAACUGCAAAAAGUAUGGGAAAUAGUAUGUAUAUACAAGCAACUUCUGCAUGGAAUUGGUUUACUCGAGGUGUAAAUGGUUCGUAUUUACACUAAUAUUUAACUAAUACAUUUAUCUUUUAGAUCAUAUAAAUUAUAAUUACUUUAAUGAACAAAUACUUUAAUUUAAAACAUGUAUCUCGGAGAACAUAUUCUAAUAUAGUGUUAAAUAAAAAAAAUAUGAACUUUUUUCAAUUAUUUUUCAAAUCACUAGAUUGUUUUUUUUUUUUUUUGUUUAAUGCAGUUUUUCAAAUGUACGGAUAUAAAUUGGAUCUAUAGUAGUGACAAAAUAUAACGAGUAACAAGAUGAUAGGGAUUAUUUUGAAAAAUUAAUUUAUAUUAUUUGGGGUCUAUCGUCUAUCGGGACAAUAUUGAAUUGAAAAUACCUACUUCAUAUCGAUUAUCGCCAAUAUUCUAGCUGGUAGAAAGGAUAAAAAAGCCACCGAUAAAAUAUCCAUAGGAUAAAAAGAUACAGAAUAAGCUACACGGGUUAAUGUAUAACAAUUUAAUAUUAUUUACUUUAAAAUUUAUUAUUCUUACGCAAAUAAAUUACAAUAAUAGGGAAUAAUUAAUAAUAAACAAAAAUUAAUAAUUAAAACAAGCUAAUUGCAAGCUAAUAAGCAAUAGCUGUUAAAAAUUCAUUCGUUUACAUCAUUGAAUAUUUUAAAUAAUUUUUCCCCCAUAUUCUUAUGCUUUUAUUUUUUAAAUUUAAAUCGCCUACUGUAUAUUGAGCUAUUUUUAUUUCAUCCAAAGACAACUCUAACUUCAGUUUUUAAAUUAAUGAGGAUAAUAAUUAAACAGAAAGAUGAUUGUGACCAAUUAAGUACAACUUAUGAUGAACCUUGUGAAAAUGCUAAUGUAUGUAUUUUGUGCAAAUUUCGAGUCUCCGAGAUUAUUUUUACAUUUAUUACAACAAAUAAACAAAAUCGAAAAUAAUAAAAGCGAACAUUUACUAAUUUUGAUAUGUAAAAUUGAAACAAAAAGUUAUCUUUUUCGAUCAGAGCAAGUUUUCUCGAAGAAAAGUUGUUUACAGACAGAAAAAAAAUAAAAAUACACAUAGUAAAACCAAUAGUCAAUACAUUCCUCGCUACGCUCCGAAUCUAAAAAUUAUAGUAUCAAACAAAAGUUAAAAGUUGGAUGCAUGUGAAGAGACACCUCUAAAGCUUAUUUUGUGGAUUUUUAUCUGUGGCUUUUUUGUGUCAUGGAUUUUUAUCUCAUGGCUUUUUGGUCGGUGGUUUUGUAUCUUAGAUAAUAUACCCUGGAUAGAGCUAUGAAUUAAAAUUGUAAAGUAUAACAAUUGGACUCCGAUGUCAUCAUAGCGCAUGUGGUAAUAGUUAUAUCAUAGAGUUAUAAUUUAUAUAUAAUCGCAAUUAUGUUACCACUACACAUGCACAAACAAUAAUUGUGAUUCCUAUUCUGUCCCGCGCUAUCUAUUUUGUUUCUGACGCAUUUGCAAUAAAUACAUAGAUUCAUCGGGGCCGAACAGGUGUGCUUCAAGCACAGACUACGCAUGAUAUACGUUGUAGCUCUAUCCAGUGUGCAUUAUUUAAAUUUUUUUAUCCUGGAUUCAUUUUAGUCUGUGGGCGUAGGAAGAUUAGAUAUUGUAAUGAUAGGAUAUAAUAUUAUAAUUGUUAAUUAUUAAUUUAAAUGUUUAGGAAUAAUUAAUGGACCAACUGGUAGUCAAUUACAAUCUGAUAUAUCUUCAAUUCCUAGUUCAGUAGAACGUGAUGCAAGCUCAGCUAUGAAUUCAAUACAAAGUGGUACAAGCUCAGCUAUGAAUUCAGUAGAACGUGAUGCAAGCUCAGCUAGGAAUUCAAUACAAAGUGGUACAAACUUAGCUAUGAAUUCAGUAGAACGUGAUGCAAGCUUAGCUAAGAAUUCAGUAGAACGUGAUGCAAGCUCAGCUAUGGAUUCAAUACAAAGUGGUACAAACUCAGCUAUGAAUUCAGUAGAACGUGAUGCAAGCUCAGCUAUGAAUUCAAUACAAAACGGUGAAGUCUCAGCUGAGAAUUCAAUGAAAAAUGAUGUAGCCACAGCUUCCCAGACAAUAAAACAAACCGAAACCUAUAAUUCUAAUGAAAUAAAUGGUAUAAAGUCACAAUAAUUCUAAAAAAAUAUAGUACUAUAACUAAACUUUUUAUAGCUCAUUUAAUAAUCAUUGUAUUAUAUCAGAACGGAUUACAAUAAUUGUAUUAGUUUAAAUCAAUUUGAAUAAGGUAUCAUUUUAUCACUGUAACCAGGGCCGUCACUAGGGCAAGGCGAGCGGAGCCCUCGCUCCACGCCUUUCACUACGGUUGGCAGGCCCACGAAAUCGCGUUUUAAUUUUUUUAUAUAUAUAUAAAUAAAGUUAAUGAACAAUAUGAAAAAAUGUGUCAUCUUUUUUUUCAUAUAAAAUAGUUGAAUAAUUGUGUAUAAUUUAUAUUAAAAAGUAUGUAGAUAUACGUAUGUAAGCAUA